UUGUCUUCUAUUUUUCUCCGAGUUUUUCUCUUCUGCUGCAACCAAACAAAUAUCUGCAACAUUCUCUCAACUCAUUCAUUAUUCUCUUUGUUUCUCUUCCUCAUUUCGCUUUUGCACCCUCCUUGGAAUCAUUGCACGCAGCUUAAAACUGAAAAACUGAAAAUUUCACAUUGCAAUCUGCUAAGAACUCGAACGAGAGUUUGGUUCCUUUGGUUUCUCUUUUCACCACAAAAUUAAUAUUAGGUGCUCUUUCCACGUAAAACGUUUGCAUGUUCAUUAUGUCACGUGAAUUAAUGCUGAACUCAUGAGAGACUUUAAUUAGUUGUUGCAAUUUAUAAGAUUGAAAUUAAGGAGGCUCUUGAAAUGAGUACAGCUCCAAAAACUAUAUAUAUAUAUAGAUAGAUAGAUAUAUGAAUAUGGGCUUGGAUUGUAAAGUGGCAUUGCACGUUGUAUAACUCAAGAAAGAAAAGCUGAAUUUCGUUGCAAACUGGUUCUGUGAUAGAGGGUGACAAAAUGGGUGGUGAAUUAAGUUACGUGCUUUCAAAAAUGGAAAUGCUAACUUCAGAUCAUGCCUCCGUUGUGUCCAUGAACAUUUUCGUGGCUCUGCUUUGUGCUUGCAUUGUCAUUGGCCAUCUUCUUGAGGAGAAUCGGUGGCUGAAUGAGUCUAUCACUGCCCUUUUGAUAGGUAUUUGCACUGGGGUAGUCAUUUUGUUGUUGAGUCGCGGUAAAAGCUCGCAUCUUCUAGUUUUCAGUGAAGAUCUUUUCUUUAUAUACCUUCUGCCACCUAUCAUAUUUAAUGCCGGGUUUCAGGUUAAAAAGAAACAGUUUUUUGUUAACUUCAUUACCAUUACCCUGUUUGGAGCUGUUGGUACAUUAAUAAGUUGUAGCAUCAUAACUUUUGGUGUCACGCAAAUUUUUAAGAGAAUGGGUGUUGGUAAAUCACUGGAUAUGGGGGAUUAUCUAGCAAUUGGUGCAAUAUUUGCUGCAACAGAUUCUGUCUGCACAUUGCAGGUGCUAAACCAGGAUGAGACACCUUUACUGUACAGUCUUGUAUUUGGCGAGGGUGUUGUGAAUGAUGCUACAUCUGUGGUGCUUUUCAAUGCAAUCAAAAGUUUUGACCUCAACAAAAUUGACCACAGAAUUGGUUUGCAUUUUUUUGGCAACUUCUUGUAUCUGUUUACCACAAGCACCUUGCUUGGGGUCUUGGCUGGUCUACUUAGCGCUUACAUUAUUAAAACGCUGUAUAUUGGCAGGCACUCUACAGAUCGUGAGGUUGCUCUUAUGAUGCUAAUGGCAUACCUUUCCUACAUUCUGGCUGAAUUAUGGUAUCUGAGUGGCAUUCUCACUGUAUUCUUCUGUGGGAUUGUUAUGUCUCAUUAUACUUGGCAUAAUGUGACUGAGAGCUCGAGAAUAACUACCAAACAUGCUUUUGCAACUCUCUCAUUUGUUCUUGAAACCUUUAUCUUCCUUUAUGUUGGUAUGGAUGCCUUGGACAUUGAAAAGUGGAGGUUUGUUAGUGAUAGGCCUAAAACAUCUGUUGCUGUGAGUUCAGUUUUAUUGGGUCUAGUGCUUGCUGGAAGAGCAGCCUUUGUUUUUCCCCUAUCCUUCUUAUCCAACCUCACUAAAAAGACGCAAAGUGAAAAAAUAAGUUUCAGGGAGCAGGUGAUAAUUUGGUGGGCUGGUCUUAUGAGAGGUGCUGUUUCAAUGGCACUUGCCUACAAUCAGUUCACCUUGUCCGGUCACACUGAACUGCGAACCAAUGCCAUCAUGAUCACCAGCACCAUUACUGUUGUGCUUGUCAGCACAAUGGUGUUUGGUUUGAUGACUAAGCCACUCAUAAGGUUUUUGCUGCCUAUUAACCCCCCUCCUAAACGCAAAAACAGCAUGUCAGAUAUAGGUUCAUUUAAUAAUUCCCCCAAAUCAAUCACUAUGCCCUUUCUUGGAGGCUCCCAAGAUUCUGAAAACGAAUUUGAUGGCAGUGAAAAUCAACGUCCAAGCAGUAUUCGUGCCUUACUAACAACUCCAACACAUACCGUUCAUCAACUAUGGCGUAAUUUUGAUAAUUCAUUUAUGCGUCCAGUUUUUGGUGGUAGGGGAUUUGUUCCUGUAGUUCCUACCUCAACAACCGCUCGCACCAUUAAUCAACAAUGGCAUUAAGAAGAGUGCCCAGAAACUGUAUAUUAUUGUAAACUGAAAAUUUUGUGAAGAUCAAGCAACGCAUGUAUAAAAAACACGUUAAGUUUGGUAGAGUUUUUUGGGUAGUGAGAAAUCUUUGUGCCAUGAGUUUUAUCAUCCUGUACAAGUGACUAGUGCGAGAAUUGUAAAUUUUCAGUUA